AUUAAGGAAAACUCGAUGCCAGUGCGGAAGUGUGCCCUUUCUCUGAUCAUCUGGAUAAAUUAAAUGGAGAAAAUAAUCACAUAGAAAUGUAAAAGAGCUUUGUCCAUCUGUGCUGUCCAGCUGGAAUCAUCAUGUCCUCGGCUGGUCCAUCACAGUCAUCCCCUCGACAUCCUGCGGCAGGGGAUGAAGCCGGUGCGACGAGUGAUCGUGGGAGUUACUCCUCAGACAGACACGCUGGUCUGCUGCUGGCACAGAUGAACAAGAUGCGUCUUUGCUCAGACUUCUGUGACGUUAGGCUGCUGGUGGGCGGGCGAGUGUUUGGCGUCCACAGGCUGGUGCUGGCUGCCAGCGGCCCUUAUUUCUCUGCUCUGUUCUCUGGAGCAAUGAGCGAAGCCCACGAGGAAGAGGUUCGGAUCACUGGAGUGGAAGCUGAUGUGUUUGAGAUGAUCCUGGAGUUUAUUUACACUGGCUGUAUUGAUGUGACAGUGGACACUGUGCAGGAGCUGAUGGUGGCCGCAGACAUGCUGCAGUUGAGUGAGGUGGUGGAGAUAUGUGGUGAAUUCCUCCGAGCUCACAUGGACCCCUCAAACUGUGUGGGGAUCUUUCAGUUCCUGGAGCAGAUCGCCUGUAUGGACAUCCUGCAGUUCACUGAAGACUACAUCCAUGCUCACUUUUUAGAGGUUUGCUCAUCAGAGGAGUACUCAGGCUUAUCUAAAGAUCAGCUGGUGAAGCUGCUCCGCAGUGAGGAGCUCAGGAUCGAGGAUGAGUAUCAGGUGUUCACUGCUGCCAUGGACUGGCUGCAUCAUGACGUGUCUCACAGGAAGAAGCAUGUGGUGGAGGUCCUGGAGCCUGUGCGCUUCCCCCUGCUGUCACCACAGAGACUUUUUAAGUAUAUAGAGGGUAUUUCUGACUUCAGUUUGCGAGUUGCAUUGCAAACCCUGUUGAGAGAGUACACAGAGGUCAACAAGUCCCCGAAAGAGAGCAAACCACUCAGUCCUCUGCAGACCGCCAAAACCCGACCCAGGAGAAAAGCCCGCAAGUACCUCUAUGCCAUUGGUGGUUACACUCGUUUGCAGGGGGGUCGCUGGAGUGACAGUCGGGCAUUGAGCUGUGUCGAGCGCUUUGAUUCUUUCAGUCAGUAUUGGACUACGGUGUCAUCUCUACAUCAGGCCCGCAGUGGUCUUGGGGUGUCAGUACUGGAGGGCAUGAUCUAUGUAGUGGGGGGAGAGAAAGACUCCAUGAUCUUUGACUGUACGGAGCGCUAUGAUCCAGUGACUAAGCAGUGGGCGGCAGUGGCAUCUCUGAACUAUCCACGCUGUGGUGUAGGAGUCUGUUCCUGUCAUGGAGCUCUUUACGCACUUGGUGGCUGGAUUGGCUCAGAAAUCGGGAAGACCAUGGAGCGAUAUGACCCAGCAGAAAAUAAAUGGGAGGUUAUUGGGAGUAUGGCUGUGCCUCGAUAUUACUUUGGCUGCUGUGAGCUCCAAGGCUUCAUCUAUGUCAUUGGUGGCAUCAGUGAUGAAGGCACGGAGCUGCGCACAGCUGAAGUGUAUGACCCCAUCUCUCGGCGCUGGAGCGCGCUGCCUAUCAUGGUGACCCGGCGGGCGUAUGUGGGUGUAGCUAGUCUCAAUAACUGCAUCUACGCUGUAGGAGGCUGGAAUGAGGCCCUGGGCUCACUGGACACUGUGGAAAAGUACUGCCUGGAGGAGGAGAAGUGGGUGGAGGUGGCAUCAAUGGCGGUCCCGCGUGCUGGCGUAACAGUUGCAGCUGUUAAUGGUCUUUUGUAUGCGGUGGGUGGUCGGACCUCUAGCCGAGACUUUUCAGCACCAGUCACUGUGGACUCAGUCGAAAUCUAUGACCCUCACCUGGACACAUGGACUGAAAUCGGUAACAUGAUCACCAGCCGUUGUGAUGGUGGUGUGGCUGUGCUUUGAUUGGCCACAUCUCACUGUUGACAUUCACCAACUGAUGUUUUCACUCUCACCCAGCACUUACUCAACUCAGCUGUAAUGAAUGAUUAUACAAUGUCUAAUUUGUCAGAAUUUUUAACUUAUUGAAGACAGACACCUGGUGUAAUCCAUCUGAUGUGUAAAACUGUGAAGUUGUGGAGACACAAGGUAAAAGUAUUGAGAGUAGAGUUUGGGUAGAAAGAAGUAUCGUAUAUCAUUUUUUUUAACACAACCUGUACGUUAUUUGUCUCUUACCACAUGCAAUUAAAAUGUUUGUGUAACAGCACAUUGUGCUGUAGUUUUAGACAACAAUUAUUUGCCAUUAAGUUGACUGUAAUUCUGAUUGUGGAUUAUUGUAAUGGUUACAUUUUGCUCAACUGUCAAGAAAACAGGUAUAAGAAUUGACAUUUGAAAAAAUAAAUAAUCUGCUUCAAAAUGUCAGUCAUUUCACCUAUUGAGUCAAAAUUCCUUUAUGUAUCGUUGUUUAUGUGAUAUUGUUUGUGGUCUCAUUAUCAUCUCUUCUUGUUGGUGAACUAUUUUGCAUAGUUUGAAAGCCCAAAGGACUGAGUUUCUGUUUCAUAUUUGCCUUUCAAAAUAUGUUUUAUUUGUUACAUUUCGCACUUUUUUGUAUUGUUACUUAUUUCCCACAGUCUCACCACCUAGAAUUUGUAAAAACCUGCCUGAUGGUUGUAAAAUAUUUUUCAAUAAUAAAUUAAAAUACUAGGAUUUGUUUUACCAAAGUUUUGCCA